AUGAGAAAUUAUUUAUUGUUGAGAGAUAGACUAACACAAGUUUGGCUUAAUAAGUAUAGCAUAACUGUAACUAUUCUGACCGCCAAGAUUGUAUUAUUUAACUAUUUCAUUAUAAGGAUACUAAGGUAUACAGAAAAGUAUGCAAUUUCAAGUUGUAAUGGUUUAGAUCAAGUGAAUCGCAAAGUUUAUGACGAUCUUCCGAUCUUUGUGAACACUCUUGGAAACUAUAUGAUUAGAAAGUCCAUGCUUGAAAGUGUCGAGGCUAGUCUCCGUGGUUUAGAGAUCCUGAUUGACGCUAGCGAGGGUCUGUUAGGUUUCUUAGUGGAUUUGUACCUUGGCACUUAUGCCUGCCUCUUAAUUAGUGCUGUCGAUGGCGCUGUCGAUGUAGCUACAAAUACUACCGAACAUAUAUUAGAGGCAGUAAACAAUACUUUAAUUGAGGCCACACGCGGACUAGAUGAUGGUUUAAACGACCUGACCUCAUUAAUAAAUAAAGGCGGAAAUAGACUGUCCAGCAUAUUCAAGAGCGAUAACUCUGUAGCUGCGAGUUUAAGUAAAGUAAACUUUACUGUCAAGGGCCUUCGAAAUAUACAUUUAUCAUCAAAGAUAAACGACCAAUUACAGUAUAUGGCAGAUAAAGUACCCAGUUUCGACGACUUGAAGUCAGAAACUAAGGAUCUUAUAUCUAUACCGUUUUACCAUGUUAAAAGAGAAAUUACUAAAGUAAAUGCCGAAUCUUUAUUACCUGAUACCAAAAUUCUGUAUUUAAGAAAUAACACCGACACAACUUUAUACCCAAUUUGUGGUCAAUAUAUCCCAAAUAUUAAGAAAGUAUAUGAACACCUAAUCCACAUAUUAAAAGUAGGAAAUAUAUUGGUGGCAAUACUCGGUAUUUUUAUAGCUUUGUUUAUGGCUAUACCUAGUAUUCAAAAAGAAUAUCAAGAAUCGAAACGACUUAAUAACGUUCAAGAUGAAGUAAGUCAAUAUAUUGACAAUAAAGAAUUCAUGUCCUCCGGAGACAACUCUUCACUCAAUUACAGUCCCUUUAACGAUAGUAAAUUCAAUUUAGCUGAAUCAUAUCAACGUAAUUUCAAUCCAAUAGCAAGGUGGAUGACAAUUAAAAUGGGCAAAUACUUUGGGAACGAUGAGACCGAAUAUUCAGAAAGAUUGCAAUUUUGUAUGCUCUACAUCUUUUCUAGUAGGUCCUCAACAAUAAUGGCAAUGGGAUUAAUCGGUUUAAUAACUGUAGCCAUUCAACUCAUCGUUAUCCAGAUAAUUAGUAAUUAUCUUAGUAACACAGGCAAGGUUCAUAUUCAAUUACAAGCUUCAAACGAUGAAAUCAACAAGAUGAUCAAAAGCGACAUCAAUUUAUGGACUUCCCUGGCAAAUCAAUACGUAAAUGGCACUGAGGCAAACCUGAACACACAAGUGUUUGGAUGGAUAACAAACACAACUGCAAGUGUCAAUGCCACUGUAGCACACGCUGUUGACAAAAUUGAAUACAUUUUAGCGUCCAGCUUUAACAAUACGCCAUUGUAUAAACCCAUGAAAACGGUUGUGGGAUGUGCAAUAUUGCGGAAGUUAAUAUCUGUCGAGAAUGCAAUGACUUGGAUAAACAAUGAAGCCCAUAUAAAGCUACCUAGAAUCAACACAACAGAGCUCAUUAACAUUGCUGGCCACACGAAAAUGUUACCAUCAUCGAAUGAAUCCCACAUGUUCGACCAAGUAGAAAAAAUUGUGAACAUAGCCCGCAAGACCGCAUUGAAUGAAUUGUAUGUUCCCCUAGCAUUAAUUGGAAUUUGGUUAACACAAAUCCCAAUGGCUCUAUUGCUGUCCUGGAGACGAUGCGAUACCACAGGAAAAACGUAA